CACCCGGUUUUCUGACUUCUUCCAGCAUAUGACCGGCAAUUUAAGCAACGAUGCGAAUGCUGUCGAGCAAGUCAGCCGAACACAGCCGUGAAAAAAAUAAAAAUAUUUUGUACGACAAAGCAAAAAUUCGUCGCCAUAUUGAAUCCGAAGCGAGUGGUGUUAAGUUGUGUGGUGUAGAGAGAAAAUUUUGCACAUUUUCAAUUAAAUUUUACCUUUAAAAUUUGCAAUUACCAAACAAACAAUUAAGCAUAAUAAAUUUGUGCGUGUGCGAAUGUGUUAUUAAGCACAUUUGCUUUGUGAGCAUACAGGCAGAAAUAGUGAUAAAACUGGUGUGAUUGUUAAGCAGCAGCGUUUCAUGCAUUUGUGGAUCAGUGUGUGAAUAGCAGCGUGUGAUUGGAGUGUGGAUUAUUGAAAAAGUGUACACCAAAAGUGAUUUUCUGCUGGUCUAUAGAUAUAACUAAUUACUUUGUGUGCAGUGACUGCACACUAAAGGGUUAUAGCGUUAUUCGUGCCCAGAACAUAACCUAGACGCGUGAAAUCGAGAUGGAGACAAGUACGACCGCAUCAACGCCAGCCCCGACGCAGGCAUCUUCCAACAACGACAAUGAUGAUAUCGAAUUUGAUCCCAGUUUGGCCGAUGAAGAAAAACGUUUCUAUCUCAGGGCAUAUCCCUCUGUGGAUCUGGUGCGUGAGCGCAAGGUGCACUGCACAGUCUGUAAGACUCAUAUCGGAACUGCACCUAGCCAAGAGGAGAACAUCCGCAUGCAUCCGGUAUUGCGUGUAACACAUUGCUUGAAAUGCCACGACUUUUAUAACAGUGGCGAAUUCAGUAAAGGCGAAGAUGGGUCAGAACUAUAUUGUCGUUGGUGUGGUCAAGGUGGCGAAGUUUACUGCUGUUCAAGCUGUCCCUACGUAUUCUGCAAAUCAUGUAUUGUUAAGAACCUGUCUCGUGGUGUAGUAGUAGAUAUUGAACAGAACGAAAAUUGGAAUUGCUUUAGCUGCGCACCGAAAAUUCUUUGGCCAUUGCGUGCACAACAUUGGGCACUAAUACGUUAUAUAGACAAACAAAAGAAGUACAUCGAUGCGAAUCACCCUAACGAAUCUGAUAAGAGGGCGCUAUUGUCACAGGACCGUUCAACAUGCUGUCGUCUUGCCAAAUCGAAAUGUGGAAACAUGUCCGACUCUAUGGAAAGUCUAGAUUCUGCAUCAUCUCGACGCAGUCAAAGUAGUUCUAGCGCAAAAAAACAUUCGAAAUCGCCAGGUAGUCAUCCACAAGUACCCCCUGCGAAACGUAUGAAAAACUCAAAUGAUGAAGUUGUUUGUACACCUGAUUUGCUGAGUAUGUUGGAGCCGGAUUGUCAAAUUACUGUGCAACAGAAGACACGUCCCGCACCCUCACCCAUUACAUCAACUCCGAAAAUUAUAUCAUUACAAACGCACUCGUCAUCUCCGAACAGUAGUGGUAUUACACUGAAACCACAUAAUAACACUCCACCACCAUUAGUACUACGUAACACCGGCAUACCGAUCAGACAUCCCUCGCCUGCACCAAUUGUACGACGUACAAUUAUCGGUGCACGAAAUGCGCCAACAACCGGAAAUCAUACGCCAGUUUAUCACACUAUUAACGGUUAUCGUAUCGAUCUUAAUUCGGCAGCACAACAAGAAACAUUCCGUUUGCCCAAUGGCAAACUGAUACAGGUGAAGCGGCAGGGCACAAAUCAACCACAGCCCAGCACACCAUCACCGAGUAAUGCUUGGAUGCGGCAGGCAAGCCCCAUAACAGCUAUACAACAUGCGUCGAGUGGACGUCCUGUUCAAAUAACCCCAGCGCGUACAUAUUAUUCUGUAUCGCAACAACACCAGCAAAAUUCAAUGCAACAGCCGCAAAUGAUACGGUAUAGUAAUACCACUGUGACACCGGUUAGCGGUCAAAAUGGUGCUAUUCGAGGUACACAAAUACAAUUGAUCAAUGGUGUGCCUGUAGCGCCAACAGCUGCGCCUGCAACGGUCAAUUCGGCAACUGCAGUGCGUGCACCGGUCAUGGUGCGUCACGUGUUCCCCGACACUGCCAUCGGUCAAGCGCGUUCCCAGUUACAGGAUCAAGUCUUCAAUGCCAUGGAGAUUUGCCAACAUCUUACUGGUAAAGUACAAACACUGACCAACUCGAAUGCUUACAAGCAGGCGCGCAAUUAUCUCGAAGUCAAGGAACUCUAUAUACAUCUCUCAUAUCUGUUGACAUAUGCGAUUGGGCGUUUUAAGGGACUGCAGGAUAAAUGCUUGGGUGAUAUGCGGCAAUUGGGUUUCGUUAAUGAUGCGGAUAGCUUGGAAAACGGCCAGUUGGCGGCAGGCGUCGACUAUGUCCGUUACGGCCAACUUGAAGAUAUAGAUCUCUUCAAUACCAGCGCGAACAGUUUCCACAAUCAAGUGUAUGAAUAUCGCAAAAGUUUGCAUGCGAAUAUGGAUAAUGGCGAAGGCAAUGAUAAAAAACCGCCACUCUCACCGCUUAUGCCACUGGGACAGCUGAAUCGCGGCGGCGUCGACGGGGAAGACGACGAGGAUUAUGGUGAAAAUGACGAGACUGGUGAUAAUAGUUGGAUGAAAAAUACAAUGGACGAGCCAACAUAUUAUGACGACGGUGUCGAUAUGUCUGCCAAUGACGAUGUGGAUGCCACUGCCGAUGCUGAUGGCGAUGACGAUGAAAACGAUGCUGACGCUGAUGGCGCCGCUGAUUUUGAACAAUAUGUCGCACAGCAACAACAAGCAGUACGCUACAGCAAUAAAGCACAUUAUGGUACUGAAGAUUACAUGAGUCAGGAGGAGCAAACACAUGCACGCGAUCGCAAACUUGCGCGGCUCAUUGAGAAAUAUCCGGCCAUUUGGUGUACACGCCACCCCGACUAUGGCAAUUUCGAAGUGACACGCAGGUACUGGCGCAUCGUAGCGACACACUUUAAACGCACCGAGAAUAUAAAAUUGCGCUGGAAGAAUAUACGUAAGCGUUAUGUGCGCGUUGAACGACGCAUACACGAUGGUAAACGCUUCAACGGUUAUUUCGAUAAGACAACGAACUUUCUCGCCAAUCGCGAUCUGCCCGAAGAUCAGUGGGUGGAAGUGGACUGUGGCAGUGACGAUGAUGAAGCACAGCAGGUCGAACAUAAAAAGCCCAAUGUCAUCGAAAAGAGCGCACUAAAAGACGACAAAUCAUAUGAUUGGAAUAAUGAGGAUUGUGCGGCGGACGCGAAGGAUUACGAAAUGUCAGAUGGCGUGAAAGCGUUAGAAGUGCGCGCUUUGGAUAUGAAAAUCAUCAAUUUCGUUAAAUGUAAUCCGGUGUUAUGGCGCAAAUCUGGCGACUCGCAGUACAAUUCCGUCGAUGUGCAGUCGCGCAAAUCGCUGUGGAUGCACUUGUGGCGGAGUUUGCGUUCCCAAAGUAGUAUGCUAAAUGAUCUAAAUUGCGAGGAUAUAAUGGAUCGUUGGUCGCAUUUGUAUGAAAUGUACAAGUCCUUCCGCUUAAAAACGAUCAAGAGCGAAAGCAAACGCGCUAAUUUAGAAUUGAAAUACUCCAAAUAUUUGGCCAAAUUAUCAUUUCUCUAUAAAAUUGUCGAAGAAGAUUUACGCAAUGAGCAUUUAGAAAAUAUCGAUAUUGAUUUUACGCAAGAAAUAACGGAGAACGACAACCGUUUGCAGGACGAACCGGACGAUAAGGAGUUCAUGCUGCAGCUGGUGCGUACUGUGCAGCGCUAUCCAUUGUUGUGGGACUCACUGCAUGUCGAUUACUACGAUCAAGUGUUGCGCUCCAACUUCUGGCAGGACAUUGCCAGUGCCCUAAAGGAUUUCAAACGUAACGCAACGACAAUUAAAAUGCGUUGGCAACUGGCUCUGUUUAGCUAUAAGCGUUACAUGCGGGAACGUUUUACAUUCCCGAAGGAUAAACCGUUGCCAAAAUAUUGCCGAAGUUUACCAGUGGACGAAAUGUUUUUCCUCGAUCACUUACCGCUACAAUAAUAAGCGCUUUAGAUCUCUAUUUAAUACUAAAACUCUUUUAACUUUAAUAUAUUAGUGUGCAUAAGUUGACGUUAAGUAUUAGUACAUACGCUAAGAUUUGAUAAUUAUUUAUUUAUAUAAGUGUCGGCUAUAACCGCGUAUUUGUAUGAAUUGUACGCAAAAAUUGGCAGCUGAAAGUGAUGACGUUGCAAGUGCUGCCAGAAAUUCACGCAGAACGUGAUACUUUAAUACUUUUCCAAUACUGCUGCCAUCUCGAAUGGACCCAAGUUUUAUUUAUUUGUUUUUGGUAUUUUAAAGUGUUUGCUGAUAUUACUACGGUUAUAGUACUAGGUUACUUUAAGCAUUUUUUAAAUUUAUUUAGUAAGUGCCAUUUCUGAAAUAGAAGUAUGAAAUUUGUUGAAAAAUUUGCAGAAAUUAAAAGCAAUGAGCACAUUUAAGAAUUAUGGACAAACAAACAAAAACUUUUGAAAGUAUUUUAUUUUUAUUUAAUACAGAAAAUAAGCGCAUAAAUAGUCAUCAUGUUAUAAAAAAUAUUUAUAUUAAGCUAUGUAUGCUAAAAAUACUUCAUUUAUUAAGCAGCUAUUUUCUGUGCAUUUAAGUGCGAAACCAUUUUGUAACUUAACAAAUGCAUUAGUUUAGUUAUAUUUAUAUGUGAAAAUAAAUUUAGUAAUUCAUAAAUUAAAUGAUAAUGAAUGAAAUUUUUCGCUACAAAACCAAAACCGACUCUUCUUGCGCAAGUGCGUUAUAACAUAAAGUGAGGUUAUAAAAAAUUAAGUUUAAAAUGUUAUUUCAAU